GGCGUUGGACCAGAGGCAGAGAGAAACGGGGAAAGAUGAGCAGAGAUGGGGCCACGUCUCCAGAAAGUGUGGAAGAGGCGGAAGGACACCCGGGGAAGGAGGGGCGGGGAAGACAGAACAGUGCAGGUGGGAAGCCCGGAGGAGGGGGCUGUGUGUGGAACAGCGGAGGGCUCCCCUAGCGCCCCCUCCCCUGCAGACCUAUCUCCUCCUGCUGCUGCUGCUGAGUUCGGGACUCAGUGAGACCCAGGACUGCUCCUUCCAACACAGCCCCAUCUCCUCCGACUUCGCUGUCAAAAUCCGCGAGCUGUCUGACUACCUGCUUCAGGAUUACCCGGUCACCGUGGCCUCCAACCUGCAGGACGAGGAGCUCUGCGGGGCCCUCUGGCGGCUGGUCCUGGCACAGCGCUGGAUGGAGCGGCUCAAGACUGUGGCUGGGUCCAAGAUGCAAGGCUUGCUGGAGCGCGUGAACACGGAGAUACACUUUGUCACCAAAUGUGCUUUUCAGGUCAGCCCUCAACUUAGGGGACAAGUGAGGGGAGGGAGAUGCCUUCUUACGCAUUAGAAGUAAAGUUCCGCUAGGCCUGAUUGGCGAUUUAUGUGGACCACAGCCACCCAAGAAAGGUAGAGCGAGAAGCUCUACCCGGCGGAGCUCUGUUCCUGCAGAACAGCGCGUCCCCAGGCACCAGUGAUGGGGAGCAGUCUGGUCCCAUUCUGGGUCCCCGGUUUCCUAGGCCAUGAUGAAGGGUGCCACUGAGGGGUUCUUCCCCCGAAAAAAAACAGGGGGAGAAGAGGUCUCUAAAGUGAGGAGGCUGCGCGGUGGCUCACUCCUGCAAUCCCAGACCUUUAGUAGGCUGAGGUGGGCGGAUCACUUUAGGUCAGGAGUUCGAGACUAGUCUGGCCAAUAUGAUGAAACCCCAGCUGUACUAAAAAUACAAA